ACAAACUCCAGACCUAAAUCCUUCGUGAAAUAAAAUCAAAGUUCAGAGUAAUUUAAAAGGGAAUUGAAUUUAUAAAAAUGCCGACUCUGGAGGAACAAUUCACCGCCUUUUCCAAAUUCGGAGACACUAAAUCGGAUGGGAAGCAAGUGACGCUCUCCCAGAGUGACAAAUGGAUGAAACAGGCUCAGGUUUUUGAUAAGAAGAUCACUACCACCGAUACUGCUAUAUGCUUUAAUAAAUUCAAGCGAAAAGCGCUGGACGUAGAAAAUUACCAAAAGUUCAUCGACGAUCUGGCGCAGAGUAAAGGCAUUGACCCAAAAAUUAUCCGCGACAAGCUGACGUCGUGUGGUGCACCUGGACUAUCGCACACGACGAAAGUAGUUGAUAGUGAAGCUGUGCGUAAUCUAACGGACACAUCCAAAUACACGGGAGCGCACAAGGAGCGUUUCGACGCAUCGGGAAAGGGAAAAGGAAAAGAGGGCCGUGCAGACACAGCUGCUAAUGACGGUUACGUCGGGGGAUACAAGCAGAAGGAUACCUACGAUAAAUCGCGAAAAUCUAAAUAAUAUUUGCAUUCCUCCAAUUAAAAUAAGUUGACGCACUCUGUUUCGAAAUAAAUUAUCAUCGAGGGC